AUGAUGAAAAACUGCCGAAAGCUCCAACGUGUGGCUAACCAAGUCAAGAAGAGCGUUCUCUCAUCAUCAUCUCCUUCGACUAAAAGUACUCCUUCUCUUCUCACUACAACAACAACAACAACUAACAAUCUCCAAAAUAGAUGUUUCUCAUCAAAUAUUAAAAAUUUGGUGGUUUUAGGAAAUAGCGCUGUUAGAGAAGGAACUAUGAACGAAAAGGGUCCACAACUCUCUCAAGUAUAUCCAGUGAUUGACCAUACGUAUGAUGCCGUCAUUGUUGGUGCUGGUGGUGCUGGUCUUGUGUGUGCAGCCAACUUGGCUAAAGCCGGAUACAAGGUGGCCUGUAUUUCCAAGCUUUUCCCAACAAGAUCCCACACAGUCGCUGCCCAAGGAGGUAUCAAUGCUGCUCUUGGUAAUAUGACCGAGGACCACUGGACUUAUCAUGCCUACGAUACAGUCAAGGGAAGUGAUUGGCUUGGUGAUCAAGAUGCCAUUCACUAUAUGUGUAAGGAAGCUCCACAAGCUGUUAUUGAAUUGGAACAUAUGGGUUUACCAUUCUCUCGUACACCAGAAGGAAAGAUUUAUCAAAGAGCUUUCGGUGGUCAAAGUAUUAAAUUCGGUAAGGGAGGACAAGCUAAACGUUGUUGUGCUGCUGCUGACAGAACCGGACACGCUUUGUUGCACACCAACUAUGGUAUGGCAUUGAAAUAUGAUGUCCAAUUCUUCAUUGAAUACUUUGCAUUGGAUUUGUUGAUGGAGGGUGAUGAAUGUAGAGGAGUGAUGACCUAUAACCUUGAGGAUUCAAGUUUGCAUCGUUUCCGUGCUCACUACACUGUGCUAGCAACCGGAGGAUAUGGUAGAGCAUAUUCAUCAUGUACAAGCGCUCACACUUGCACUGGUGAUGGUACAGCAAUGGCUUCAAGAGCUGGCUUACCAAAUCAAGAUUUAGAAUUUGUUCAAUUCCACCCUACUGGUAUUUAUGGUGCAGGUUGUCUCAUUACUGAAGGUGCUCGUGGUGAAGGUGGUUUCUUGAGAAAUGCUGAAGGUGAACGUUUCAUGGAAAGAUAUGCCCCAAGCGUAAAAGAUUUGGCUUCAAGAGACGUUGUCAGUAGAGCCAUGACAAUGGAAAUUUUAGAAGGAAGAGGUUGCGGACCAAAGAAAGAUCAUAUUCACUUGCACUUGGAUCACUUGCCAGCAGAAUUGCUCCAUGAAAGAUUGCCAGGUAUUACUGAGACUGCUAAAAUCUUUGCAGGUGUUGACUUAACCAAGGAACCAAUUCCUGUUGUUCCAACAGUUCACUACAAUAUGGGUGGUGUUCCUACUCUGUAUACAGGUCAAGUAGUUUACAAGAAGAGUGAAGAUCAACCCGAUUACCCAGUUAAGGGAUUGUUAGCAGCUGGUGAAGUUGCAUGUGCUUCUGUACACGGUGCUAAUCGUUUGGGAGCUAACUCACUUUUGGAUCUUGUCGUUUUCGGACGUGCUUGUGCUUUAUAUGUCAUGGAAAAUUUACCAAAGGAUACCAAGCAUAAGCCUCUUCCUUCAGAUGCUGGACUCAAAUCAAUCAUGAAUUUGGAUAGAAUUUUCAAUAACCCUAAUGGUAGCAUUAAGUGUCACGAAUUAAGAAAGGAAAUGCAAAGCGUCAUGCAAAAUUAUGCUGCUGUUUAUCGUAAGCAAGAUACUUUAGACAUGGGUGUCAAGUUGAUUAAGGAAGCAUACUCAAAACUUCCAUAUGUUAAAUUGGGAGACAAAUCACCAGUUUACAACGUUAACCUUUAUGAAAUUCUUGAAUUGCAAAAUCUCUUGGCUAACGCAGUGCAAACAAUGAUUGCUGCUGAAAACAGAAAAGAAUCUAGAGGUGCUCACGCUCGUGAUGAUUAUCCAGAAAGAGAUGACGUAAAUUGGAUGAAACACACGCUUACAACUAUGGACACUGAAACUGGUGAAGUGAAGAUUGACUAUAGACCAGUCCAUAACUAUACUUUGGAUGAAAAGGAAUGGCAAUACAUUCCUCCAUUUAAGAGAGUGUAUUAA